CUCAAAACUCCCGAAUAUAAAUUAAUAUGGGUGUAUUUACUAGAUUUGGUGGCUCGAUUAAUCAAAACAUUCAACAGCCUCUCAAGGCCAAGUCGUCCAAGAAACCUCAUGAGAAUGUUAAAUCUAGUUCAGUUUCAGAAGAAGAUAGUAAUAUUAUUGAACCUUGGUAUUGGGAUCCUGAUAUUGAUCCUAAGUUGAAGGCCGAGUACAAGAAACAUUCACCUGUUAGAUCAAUGCCACUGUAUGUUACCGAUCCUAAAUAUUAUGACUUAGAUGAGUUGAAGAGGCAAACAAGACUUUGGAUAGUUCCAAAUGAUCAUAACAAGCAUCCAUGGUAUGAUGCUCCUGCUACGGUGAAGGUGAAAACAAAGAAAGGUGUUUGCCAUUUGAAAAUAGAAUUCACAUUGGGAUGGCCUCCUCAUGGAGUCUAUGAGAUGCUUACUAAUCCAAGAAACCUAAAUUUCUUCGAUUUAUUCGACAGAGAGUUUCGCCAACGUCUGGACAAUGAAUCAACAAAGGUUUUGAAGAAGGAUGGACCAAGGCAGGUCACAGAUGUAAAGAAAACUUUGAGAUGGAAGGUCCUUGGAUGCACUAUAGCUAUCCCAAUACAUCUAAUCAUCGAUGAAAACCAUAAAAAUCUUACUGCAAACUAUAAAAAAGAGAAAAUGAAGUGCAUGAAAGUGUUUGAAGGUAGCUGGAAAGUGAAGCCACUAUACGCAGAUCAAGAACGGUUAUGCAAGUCUAAGUCGCGGAUUAAUGAUGAAGAGUACAAAAGAUGUAGUAAUGGAAAAGGAAGGAUUGGAUCAAAGGUGACAAUGGAACAUAUCUUUCAGCCUUGUUCUCUUCUUAAUGUGCCACCGAUUUCUUGGUUCAUACGUAAAAUCACCAUCAGAACAGUCAAGGAUCUGCUCGAAGAUCUUAGACAAUAUAUUAUCGACAUGCACAAAAGUUACAGCCCGGGAUGA